UGUAAAUUUAAAUUCCUUCCUGCUUCCUUCACAGGGCUCCUCGAUUUAAGGGUUUCCAGCAACAGGACAGCCAGGAGCUUCUACACUAUUUGCUGGAUGCAAUGAGGAUUGAGGAGACAAAGCGCAUACAAACCGGUAUCUUAAAAGCAUUUAAUAAUCCAACAACUAAGACAGCAGAUGAAGAAACUAGAAGAAAAGUCAAAGCAUAUGGAAGAGAGGGUGUGAAGAUGAACUUCAUAGAUAGGAUCUUUGUUGGUGAAUUGACUAGCACUGUCAUGUGUGAGGAAUGUGAAAAUAUUUCAACAGUAAAAGAACCUUUCAUUGAUCUUUCACUUCCUAUAAUAGAGGAGAGGGUUGCAAAACCCGUGCCUUUGGGAAGAACAAGUAAAGGUAAAAGUGUACAAGAAGCAGAUCUGGGUCAGUGUAACUGUUCUUCCAUCAGUACACUGAAUAAUCAGCCUAAAAUUGUCAAGAAACACACUCUAACAAAAGAUAAGAAUCAGUUGAACCAGGAGAGAAGGCUUGCCAGAAAAGCUUCCUCUAAUGAAGAAGAAAGAAGUCCUAUUAUCAUGGAGGAAAAAACCAAAACGCGUGAGCUGGAAGGUAGUUCUGGCAUGCUAUACCCCAAAGAUCCAACUGCUGAAUCUGCUGUGAACGGGAGUCAGACUGAGGGCAGUGAGAAGGAAGCCAGCCGCUCGGAAAGCAGCUUUGAUGCAGACAGUGAAGCCUCUGAAAGUGAAAGUGCUUCUAAGCAGUCAGCUUUUAGCUCAUCCAGCAACAUCUCUGCUUUGCAUGUCAACCACAUCAACGUGAAAAUGCCGCACAGCAAACCAAGUGACAGUAAUGAUGAGGUGAUUUCCAGUGCCAUAUCCAAACUUAGCUUCUGUGAUACUAUAAAUGAAGAUGAAAAAUCAAGCCGUGGUGAUUCAGGUUUAUCGAAUAAUUCCAUGUUCUCUGUAGACAAAUCUUCACUAUCCCAAAACCCUCAAAAUGCUUUUCAGACGCUUUCCCAGACCUAUAUAACUAGCUCAAAGGAAUGUUCUGUUCAGUCCUGCCUUUACCAAUUUACCUCUGUAGAGCUGCUAAUGGGGAACAACAAGCUUUUAUGUGAGAGCUGUACAGAAAGGAAACAGAAGUAUCAGAAGAAAACCAACUCCACAGAAAGGAAAAUGGAAGGUGUCUACACAAAUGCUCGGAAACAGCUUCUGAUUUCUUCAGUUCCUGCUAUUCUCAUCCUACAUCUGAAAAGAUUCCACCAGGCUGGUUUGAGUCUAAGGAAAGUGAAUAGGCACGUGGAUUUCCCACUGAUUUUGGAUUUAGCGCCGUUUUGUUCUGCUUCUUGUAAGAAUGUUACAGACGGUGCACGAGUGUUAUAUAGUCUUUAUGGAAUAGUGGAGCACAGUGGGUCAAUGAGAGGUGGUCAUUAUGCUGCAUAUGUGAAAGUCAGAACACCCUCCAAGAAAUUACUAGAGCAUAUUUCUACCACUAAGAAUGUUCUAGGUUUAAAAGAAGCUGUGGGCGCAUCAUCAGGACAGUGGGUGUAUGUUAGUGAUGCCCAUGUUCAGAUGGUUCCGGAAUCAAGAGUACUAAAUGCACAAGCAUAUCUGCUUUUUUAUGAAAGAUUGUUACUAUAAUUCUCAACAGUUUAAAUUAGAAAAAAAAUGGUUGUGGUUAUUUAGUUUAUCUUAUUUAAAGCUGCAGUGGUAAGAGUACCUGUAAAUAUUGUGCCUUUAUCUUGUAGAGAAUUUAUCAUAUGUUGACUCUGAAGUUCAGUCAAGCUAUUAUAAAUAUCUGAAUAUCUGAAUCUUUUGAAAUAUGCACUUUGCCAUACAUUUUAAAUUCCUGGAUUCAUUAAAAUACAAUGCAGUUAGAAUGUAAGAUAAUGUCCUAUCCUAGUGAGGUCAGUGGAAAGUUUGACUUUAAUGAAGAUAAGCUUUCACCCAUAGUUCUAGAACAGGUGAGAAUAAAGAUGCUGAUAGUAUUAAGUGCCUGGAUUUGCUGCUGUACAGUAACAAUAUAAAGUAUUUCAACUUCUUUGUGAUUUAGUCCAGAUCCUUCCCAUCGCUGGGUUGGAUGUCUGCUGUUAGGCUUUCUGCAAACAAGUACAUGUCAAAGCAUGUAGCUCACAGAUGUAGUAAUUGGAAAGCAGUGUUACCAGAACAGAGUAACCACAGAUGUCUCUGGGUAAUGCUGCAGCACACUUUCCCAGUGUAUUGUUGGGAACAGAUUGGGAAAAUGUGACAGAGAACCCUCAGAUACUCAGUACCCAUUCAGCUGUCUCCAACAGGCACUGGUGUAGCCAUGUACUCCUGUUUUAAUGUAAAUAUAAACUGUGGUGUACAUGUAUAUAUCCUCAGAGAUAAAUACAUAUAUAUAUGCACACCAUAAAGCCAUCAAUAUAUAUUGUCAUUUUGCCUACUAGGAUAGGAAAGAGAAUGGCAAAUACUUCUGUAUUUGGUAAACUUUCAAAUUCAUAAUUACGACACAUGUACAGCAUAUAACAAGCUCGUGUAUGAAUAUGUAUGGAAUUUAAGUGUAACUGGGUAAUUCUGUUACUUUUGGUUCCAAACAUGAAUUUAUCUGUUCCUGAAUACUUUUCUCACAGGAGUAAUAAACUAUAAAUUAUUUUUGCACUGUG